AUGGCUUCGGCGGAAUCGGCAGACACCGGCACAGCCUCCGAGAAACCAGCCUUGCUGCUGGGUGCAGCCCAAAUGAAGCCCCUUGAGCAGCCCCCCCUCCUGCUGCUGCCCACGGGAGGACUGGACCCCGGAGCCCCCCUGCGCUGGCUUGCUCUCAGGCGGCGCCUGCUUCUCCCCCCAGAUAUUGCCUUGGCAAGGGCCAGCCUGGAGAAGGCCAGAGCCGUGCUGCAGAGGCUGGAGGGCGAGCUGGAGCGGAGCCAGAGCACCAGCAGCCGCCGCCCGCGGGGUGGGGGCGGCGGCGGCGGCCUCCUCGGGACGAGAAGCAGGCUGGAGUGGCUCGGGAGUCCGGGGUGCAGCAGCAGCAGCAGCAGCAGGGAGCCCGCAGAUGCCGCCUCCUGGAGGAGUGGCGGCAGCACCCAGGCCAGGGAGCCGCGCUGCCCGUGCAGACUCAAGGAAGGUGCCUUGGAGGGCCGGAGAAAGAGCACCGCUUCCGCGUCGCCUGAGAGGAGCCCCUCCGGCGGGCCGAGGGGGUGCCAGCCUGAAGCCCGGCUGCUGCCCGACCCCCAGCCCCUCCCAGCCCCUCCCUCUGCGCCUCUUCCGAGGCCGUGGACUGGGCCAAGCGGGAGGGGGCCUGCCGAACCGGACAAGCGAGCCUCCCCCCUCUGGGACGAGGCCUCUCCCCGCCUGGCGGGCGCCUCCGGCUCCUCCUCGACUCCUCUCCCGAGGACUGGCCGCCUGGCUUGGCUCCUCCGCGGGGGGGCUCGGAGGGGGGGCUCCAGCCCGGCUGCCGACGAGAAGCUGCAGAAGCUGAAGGCCAGGAUCCGGGAGCAGCGGCGCCAACGAGGCCCCUCCCAGGCCCCGGGAGACCUUUGCCCGCCCCUGCGCUGGCCGAGGAAGGUCCGCAAAACGGCCCCUGCGGUCCCUGCUCCCACAGGCCCCGGAGGAAAGCCAGCCAGAGCCAAGCGGCCGGGCUUCCGCGCGUCCCCCCUCCCACCCCCCGGGGAAACACGGCCGGAGAGAGGAGCCGGUUCCUUUGGCGCUUCUGCCUGGAGAGAAGGUCAGAAGUUGGCUAGGAAGAUCCUGGGUCCUCCCCUUCAGCACCCCAAGUUGAGGGGCGAGUUGGGCUGGGAGGAGGAGACAGCCCCCGCCCCAGGACCCGAGGAAGAGUUGCUGACACUGCCCCGGGCAGAACAAAGCCUGGAGGAGAAGAGGACUGCUUGCGGACAACAUCCCCGCUGCCCAGCCACGCAAAGCGAGAGAGAGAGAGCCAGGCAAGCAAGAGUGGUUGCAGGAUCCAGCCCCAGAUGGGAGGACAUUCUGGGAACAGACAGGAGAAAAGUGAGGCUGCAGAAAGAUCCAGAAAAGAGGACAGGGAACCAGCAAAGCCCGAGGAGAAGAGGAGCGCUGACAGACCCGGUUAGUCGUUGCCCGGAUGAAGCCGAGGCCAGUCCUGCUCCUGAUGUCAAGGAGACCCCUCCCCAAGCCCUGCUGGGUGGAACUGGGGGGCGCUCAGCUCAUGGCGAUGGGAGGAGGAGAAGCAGAACAGCCCUGAGGAGCGAGGAUUCUGGCUGCCCAACUCGUGGCGUGUCCGGAGAAGAAGACCCGCCUGCCAGCAGCUGCCAGCGGAACGUGGGCCCCGACAGGCACCCCUACAGCCCCGAGGAGGUCCGAGAGUUCAUGCACAAAAUGGGGGCAGAAAGACGCAAGAGGGCCCAGGCAGAAAAGCGGCGCUUGAAGCAGGCCCACCAAGCCAGGGACCGGAGGCUGCGGGACUUGUUUCGGAAGCAGAAAGAAGCUCUUGGCAGGAAGGGGAGGCGUCGUGCCACAGAGGCCUGGCAGGUGGGUGGGGGGGCCGCUCCUGCAGCCAAGGCCUGCCCUACCUGUGGCCAGGAAUGUGCCAGUGGUAAAUGCACCGAAAUGGGCCUAAUGGAUUGGGUCCACGAAACAUCACGUGCUCUGCUAAGGAAUGAGGCGCAGGGGACCUGUGGCCUGCAUCCCAAGACGGCCAGCAUGCCGGGCUCUGCCCUUGUGCCUGAGGACGGACGCUCCAGCCCCUUGCAGCUGGGGGACCUCUGCUCUCCCGGGAUUCCAGCCUCGCCUCCCCAGAGCCCUGUCCUCCGCGCUGACCUCGGGGCCGCUGUGCCCGCCAGUCCUUUGGGCCCUUCUCCGGGCCAGAAUCGACGCGGCGACCGUGUCCGGGCCAUUCACAGCCUCGCCAGGGACCUCGGGGAGCGUCUGGCCCGAGAAACAGAACGGCUGCAGCUGAGGAAGAGGCCGGUGGGUGCAGGAGGUGCAGGUGGGCCUCCGGGGGGGCCUGGGACCCCCCCGGAGGACUUCAGCACUGCAGCACUGAACGCCGGCCCUGUCGGGAAUGCGAGCCCCUUCCAGAGCCCACUGGCACGUCCUCAGCACCGUCGGGAGGGGACCGGCCCUGAAGAGGGAGCAGCAGCAGCAGCAGCAGCUCCCAAGGGAAUCAAGUGGCCUCCUUGGUCACCGGCUGGGGCCAGGCCCCCCGUUUGGCCAGAAGGAUCCUCUGCUGAGGAGGAGCAACCCAGGGUCUGUGCAAAGGCCCCCCAGGAAGAUUCUGCGGCAGUGAAGGGAUUUCGGGUGGAAAGAGAAAAGCCGGCGGAACCUCCUUCUCCAGAGAAGCCAACAGCCAAGACUGGCAGGCUGCCCCCUCCGUGCCUCGCUGGCAGGGAAGAAAGGGCCCCCCCACCCUGGCCCUGGGGCGCGACCUGGAACGGAGGAGGAGGAGGAGUCGCUCUGGAGCCAGAGGAGGAGGGUCAGCAGCUGCCUGCCUCUGCCCCUGCACAGCCUCGGGACACCUGGAGGUGGCCAAUUUCCCACUCCCUGGCGGAGACCCCCCCUGUUGCCCUGCACCAGAUCCAAGAGGGGACCAAGGGUCCAGUGGAGCAUCUUGGGCUCCAGUCUGGACAACGCAGCAACGUCCGCCAGCUUCCGGCCUCCGGCCUGCCUGCCUCUCCCAUCCAUCCGCCCCACAGCAAAGCAGCAGCAGAGGAAGGGUCAGGAAACAGGAGCGAGGCCUCCGAUUCUCCCAGCCAGUGGAGUGCGAUCAGCCAGUUCUACGGGGGCUCGGGCACCUUCUGCCGCUUGGGGCUGGCGAUGGCGGAGCAGUGCCUGUGGCAAGAGGAGCUGCGAGCCCGGCACCAGAGCGCCCUCCUCCGGCUCCGGGGAGAGGCCCUUUGGGAGAAGGCCCAGGCGGAGCUGGCCUGGCUGGAGCAGGAGGCCCGCUUGCAGGGCCCGGAGGGAGCAGCCGCGGCGGCGGAGAAGCAAAGCCAGCUCUUCACCAGCCUGAAGCAGGAGCAGGCCGAGAUCCGGCACCUGCAGGACGUCUGCCGGGCUGCCCAGCGGGAGCGGGAGCUCCUCUUGAAGCAGCAGCAGGAGCUCCGCCGGGUGCAGCAGGCCACGGCCCAACUCUGGCAGCAGCUGGGCAGGCUGGCAGGAGGGCCGCCGUGGCGGUGGCAGGCUGCUGAAAACCCAACCCAGGCGGAAGGCGGCAGCGGCGGAGGCAGCGUGCUGGGAAGGGAAGCGGGCCAGGCAGCCUCCCGCCCAGCAGCGCCCCCAGCAGGAGGAGAGAGAGGCGGCCCUGGCUGGCCACAGCAGCACUGGGACCGCAGCAACCUUCGAGCUGAAGGAGAGGAGGUCUUACCACGAGGGGCAGCAGAGACGUCCCCAGAGUGGAAGCCACGGCCAGGAGUGGAGCCCCUCAGAGCUGGAGGUCCCUCGGUGAGCCUCGAAGAGCAGCGUGAGGACUCUGGCUUGAUGGCGCUUUCCAAGAAAGACGAGGCUCGCAGUGCCUGUGACAAAGCACCGACUCCUAAGAUGUCCUUGGAGUGCUUGGAUUCUGCAGGCCCCUCUGCUGAAUUGUCUGCCUCUUCUCCAGCGGCGGAGGAGAACUCCCUCUCUGAUGCCAAAUUUCACAAAGCCUGUGCAGUUCUAGUUGAUCUCUCGGGAAGCUCUCUGUCGGGCUCUGAUCUGGAGGCAGGGGAUGCUCAGGACACAGACGUCAGCCUCCCCGAGGAGUUUGUCUUCCAGGACUGGCAGGGUGGUGGCCCCUCGGGGGCGGGCUUCCCUGAAACCCCGCCAGGGCCACCCACAGCAGUGAGGGAAGGAAGCACAUUCUUCUUGGAAAGCCGAUGCCGCAGUGAAGGGUCUGGUGGCCAUUCCGGUCUGGAGGGCCUGUCGGUUAUCUGCAGCCAGGAAAAGACCCCAGGAGGAGCCCCACCCCACAGGAAAGAGACCUGUGCAUCUGAUUCUGUGGCUUUCGCAAAGCACGGCAGGCAGGGGACACCGUCGUCUUGGGCAGGAGGGUCCCUCUCCUCUCCGGCAGACACACCUCUUGGCGGACGAGGGGCAAACUGCCUGGAAGCAUCAGCCUUCAUUCCAGGAAGCGGCACUGUCAAUGAGACGGCUUCCCCGGGAAGGUCCAAAUCGGAGGCUGUUUUAUCCCCCAGCAGGGCUGCCUUGGGCUGCCCUGAGAACUGCAGACAGCCAAAUUCCACGCCUGCCCCUGGCCCAGCUGACAGAGGUGGUGGCCACGGCGAACCUGCUCUUCAUAUUGAAGUUCAGCCCCUGGGGUGGGCACAGGGCACAUCCUUGGAGAGUGUGGCUCAGCCCCAGGAGGGGUCUGCCUUGCCAGCGAGUGGUGGCCAGAGGCAGCCACUUCCCACCACCCCGUCAUCACAUCCCUCCAGCCUCCAGCCAGUUCCAGAGAUUUGCCCCGCGGACGACCGUGAAGCCAGCAGACCAGAGGAAGCCGCCCCUGCCCAGAUCACCGGAGCUGAUGAAGAGGCCGGUGCCAGUUUGCUUUGUGCUGAAACCCCAGACGGAGCAGUGGAAGACAACCAGAACCAUCAGGACACAAAGGCUUCUGGGAUGGCGACGCUUCCUUUGGCAUCCCAGGCCAAAAGCUGCCUUUGGGAAAGGGAGGCUGAGCUUGUCAGCAAGACGCUUCUGCCUGAAAUGGAGGACGACAUACGUUCUCCGGUGGAUGAAGUGCUGACCUACGGAAGCGCUGAUCUGCCGUCUUCCACCGAAAAGGAUGCCUCUUUCCCAAGCAAUGAACUUCCUCCACCACCUGAAGACCUGAGUGAACAAUGGGAUGGUUCUAACUUCAGCCUGAAAGACUUCCCAUCUCCGCCAGAGCAACUGUUUCUGCCUGAGGCUGGGGAGCUUCAGGGUUCAACUGAUGAGCAUGCCUCUGUAAGGACCUUGUCCUUGACCUCCUGGUCCGAGGUCCCCAUGCCCAAGGAGCCUCUGCCGUGAACUUGAGCCUCCGCAGGUGUUUCUUCAGCUCGGCUGUCUAGUUUUCUUUGGGGCAGUGAAAACUCUUGGAGGGGCUUCAUCGUGCCAGAUGUGUUGGGCGGCAGAGUCGUACAUUCCAGCAAUCAGAUGCAUCUAGUGAACUGAGCAGCACUUCCCACCAGGCUCAUGCAAGAUCUGACAGCAUAAAAGAUGCAACAAAAUCCGUUCCUCACACCCUCCAAAGCUCAGAAUUACAAGGAUGUCGACCCUGCAAUCACAUUUGAAGUUGGAAAUUGAGCCCACCCAGAGCCCUGGCAUUGAAGAGAUGCUUCUCCUUUCUGCUGAUGAAGGUAGCCAGGAGAAAAACAAAAACAAACCGUGAACAGAAUGAUCUAAUAGGCAAUUAAAUAGAAAUAAGAUGGAAAUAAGAUUUAAUCAAUAAACAUACUAAACAUGAUAUAGAACAGGCAUCCCCAAACUGUGGCCCUCCAGAUGUUGCUGAACUACAACUUCCAGCACACAAAAAAAUGUUGUCUAGGGAUGCUGGGAGAUGAGCAAGUAGCGGACCAUGGAUCCCAAAGAAAGGCAAAACACAACUUUUAACAGAGUUUCUUAGUCAAAGCACCUGGAAGGAUGGUGAGCCGCUUCCACCAAUCAGAGGUAUGCCAUGAGGGCCCAGGCUGACAGCUCCUCGGCCAAUGAGGGGGUGAGAUUCCGCGCCCCCCCCCCCGCCCCCAGUAGAGGCAACUUUGGGACUGACACCUGUCCAUAGAUCAAAGAGCUUUCUGUUACCCGUCUUUACAGGGAAGGUGAGGUGUGAACUGUCCAUUUCUCCUGUGUGGAACAGGAUUAGGUGAAGAUGGGUGACUGGCAGAUGCUGUGGGUGAUGCUCUCGCUUUAAGAUGAUGGAGGUUAGCUCCCAUCGUGCAUGUGGUUCCUCUUUCAUAGGGAAUCUCCCAUUACCAUUCCUUUUACAGUCCAUAAUUUUCUUUAUUAUUAAUAAAUCCCUUGCGUUGACUGAUGUUUUCGUGCAUCAGGCAACUUCAGCAGGUCUGUUUGACUGGAAGGAAAAGGCUCUGCCAUUGGGGAGCUGGCCAAGCCAAGGGGCUGAGUAGAGAAGGCCCCGAUGGGCAAGGCGCUCCGGGACAGGCAGUGCCCAGAGGCGGCCAGCGGGCUGAAGAGUGGAGGAGCAGGCUCUCAGGCAGGACGAACAGGCUUUAUUUUAUUUUUAUUUUAUUUUAUUUUAUUUUAUUUUGCACACAUAGACAUUAAUCUGCCUUUUGCACAAUGAGAGUUUCUCAGGCAUUCAUGGAUGGCAAAUGACCAGCACAAACAUUAGUUUGCCUCGGUGUAAACAAAAAAUAGUUUGUGUGUUUCUCCUGUGCAACAGCUGCUCUGUGACUUAAAUGACCAGCAGUUUUUGGAGAUUCUGGCUUUCUUCCAUUUAUCUUGAUUCAAUGGAUUUGUAGACACAAAUAUGCCGCACAAGAACUGAAUGAUAAGACUGCAUGGAGCAGCUCAAAUUUAAGGUGCGGCAGAUCUUGUUAAAUAACUCCUGGUGUGUUUAUAUUUUCAAAUAAAGAGAU